AUAGUUUUCUUACAUCCCUUUACGUAGAUGAAUAGAGGAUAUCGGCAAUGGAUAACGACACAAAUUACCAGAUGUUAUUGCAACAAAGAUAUUACUAUAGUUAUCUCAGCAGCUCAAUUUUCAUUGUACUUUGUGCAUUAAUUGGUAUAACUGGGAACUUUGCAAUUAUAUAUUUCUACUUCUUCCGCAUCAAAGAGAGAGGAGAGCGUUACUUUAUCCCGUUAUUGGCCAUUGUUGACCUUGUGGCGUGUUUUACAAGUCCCCCUUUCUACAUCUUGGACAACACCUUCUUUUUCAAUUAUCCCAGUGAUACAGCCUGUAAAAUUCUUGCGUUUCUACAGACGUGUGUUCCCGGAGCAUCAGCUCAUAUACUCCUUGUUAUAUCUAUACAGAGAUAUCUUCUUGUUUGUAAACCUUUCGGUCCAAAAAUGACUCUUGUUUGGAAAAGAGCUUCUUUUGGAGUAGUUUGUGGAAUUUCUGUGUCUUAUUCUGCUCCUCUACUUUGGACCGCUGGUAUUCUAGAGUCAACAGAAAUAUUCAUGGACCACAAUGUCACAAUUACUAUAUGUAAAUUUUCCGUUGACUCCUCACCAACAAUAACCGUGUAUUUCGGAUUUCUGACUCUCAUUAUGUUGGCAAACCUAUUUAUUACAGCAGGGUUGUAUGUUCCCGUUUUGAAGCGAGUUAGGCGUUCCUUCCUUCAAAGAUCCAAGACAAAUAAAGCUUAUAAUAACGGAGAAGGAGUUGUGGAAUCGUCAUAUGCAACGCAAACAACUGAAGCAGAGAAUGGUUCCGUAGACAGCACGAACAAUGCUAAAGGUCCGCAAUUAAGUGAGACGACAAUACACAAUGCAACGAAUGAUUGCCAAGAAACUGUUCCUCAAUCAUCAAAUAAUAUCUCUGAAAAUAUUGUUGAAACAAAUGUGGAUGAUUGUAAAAGCAGCACAGCAAAGAAAAAGGCAAGCACCAAAAUGGCGUCCGUGCAGAGACGAGUGACGUGGAUGUUUUUUGUUAUAAUACUUGCUUAUGUCUUUUCUUACAUACCACCACUUAUUAUUUUAAUUCUUGUGUAUACAGUUGAAGAUUUUAGUUUCAUAAACCUUACCGAGGCUCAGACUAAUGCAUGGCUUUAUUUUUCACGAUUUGUGUUUUUGAAUCAAAUUAUCAAUCCUUUUAUUUACGGUUAUUUUGAUACAAAAUUCAGACAUCAGCUUCGUAUCUGUUGUAAAAGAAGAAGCUCGAAAAAGUUCAAUUUAAUUUAAACCUAUUAAUUUAAAAAAAAAAAAAGGUAAACAAUGAAUUGAUGAGAAUAUACAUGUAUAUAUAAUUAUUAUUUUUUAUAUGUAAAGUAACUGGCUUCGAUAUUGAAAUUAUUGAUAUUGUUUCGAAUUAGAAAACAUGUGUCUUCAGGAAACCGAUCUAAAAAAUGUGAAUUGAAUAUUAAUUGAACUGUGAAAAGUUAAAUUUCAGAUUGUCGAUUUUUUUUUAACUUUAAGCUACGUCUGUAUAUGCAUUCUGAAAUAUAUAAUUAUAAAAAGAUUUUUUCCUGUAUUUUAUCUUCUUUUAUCAUUUAGUAGAAUUGUACAUGUUAAGGCGAUUUAAUGGAACAGUUUUCGUAAAGUUGUAAUAGUGUCCUGGUAAUUGUUAGAGAAGAAAAAAAAGGUAUGAUUUCAAAUUGAAUUAGGUUGAUUUAUAAAUUUAUGACAUCUUUUGAAUCUCCAGGAAGAUAAACCAAAGAAAAGAAAUAAGGACAAUUCCUGUAGAUAAAA